GAACUUGAAAAAUUAGGGCGAAACAGAAAGCGGGGCAGAAGCGGCUUUCAGACAGAGAGAGAGAGAGAGAGAGAGAAAGAGAGAGAGAGAAGCGAAUUCAAUACCAAAAACAUCUUCCUUGCCAGAGCAGUAUCGAACCUUCUUGCACCGUCAAUGGCGUCUUCAUCGUCUGACAAGGAGAGGAAGAGGAAAAAGAGGGAAAAGAAGGCGCAAACGAAAGCGGAGAGGAAGGCGUGCCGCCAACUGCAAAACCCUAAAGUUAAUGAAGCCAUUAAGAUUCGGAUUUCCGAUAUCCUUCAACAGUUCCGCGCAUCGCAAGAUGACGCAUAUACUUUUGAAGCCAACCUUACAAAUGAGGAGCGUGCUGUAGUACAUGUAUUGUGUAGGAAAAUGGGCAUGACCUCAAAAAGUUCUGGGCGUGGGAAUCAGCGGCAAGUUUCUAUUUACAAAUCUAAGAAGAAAGUGGACACCAUGAUAGGGAAGGAGAACCUUACUCCUUUCACAUUUUCAGAAGAGGCUCAAAAGGUUUUACAGGACUUAUUUACCCAGUAUCCCCCAGAAGAUCGAGAUUUGGUUGAUUCGAUAGUUGCAGUACACAGUGGACAAACUGAAAGAUUACAAGAAAAAAGGGAUGAUUUUUUUCUGAAGCCAUUAAUGAACAAGGAUGACAUUGUGAAAAAGUUGGAUUGGCUUGCUUCCAGUGUAGAAAAGACCCCAAACUUGAAACAGAUUACUCAAGGAAGGGCUCAGCUUCCUAUUGCAUCUUUCAGGGAUGUGAUUACAUCAACAAUAGAAUCUAAUCAGGUAGUACUUAUAUCUGGUGAGACUGGAUGCGGAAAAACCACACAGGUUCCACAGUUUCUCCUAGAUUAUAUGUGGGGCAAAGGCGAGGCAUGUAAAAUAGUCUGCACUCAACCACGGCGAAUUUCAGCAGUAUCAGUUGCUGAGAGAAUCUCUUGUGAAAGAGGUGAAAAUGUUGGAGAUAGUGUGGGAUACAAGAUACGCAUGGAGAGCAAAGGUGGGAGGCACUCAUCUAUUAUGUUUUGCACUAAUGGGAUUCUAUUAAGGGUGCUGGUUUCUGGAGGCACUGGAGGGCUGAAGUCUGGAGAUUCAAGAAAACUGGCCAGGGAUAAUGUCUCUGACUUAACCCACAUUAUUGUGGAUGAAAUUCAUGAGAGGGAUCGCUACUCUGAUUUCAUGCUAGCAAUUAUGAGAGACAUGCUUCCUUCAUACCCUCAGCUACGUUUGGUACUAAUGAGUGCUACCCUUGAUGCUGAACGGUUUUCACAAUAUUUUGGUUGCUGCCCAGUUAUCAGAGUCCCUGGCUUCACUUAUCCUGUCAAGACUUUCUACUUGGAGGAUGUACUAAAAAUUCUGAGAGGAGAAAAUCACCUUGGUUCUUCUCUUAAAGACUCUGCAUUAGAGGAUUCUGAGUUAACAGAAGAAUACAGAAUUGCCCUUGAUGAAGCCAUUGAUCUAGCUUGGUCAAACGAUGAAUUUGACACCCUUCUGGAUUUGGUUUCUUCAGAAGAAAUCUCAAAAGUUUUAAAUUACCAGCAUUCGACAAGUGGAGUAACACCACUAAUGGUGGUAGCUGGAAAGGGUAGAGUAGGUGAUGCCUGUAUGCUUCUUUCUUUUGGUGCUGAUUGCCACUUACAAGCCAGUGAUGGAACGACAGCCCUACAAUGGGCUGAACGGGAGAAUCAGGAAGAAGCUGCUGAAGUUAUUAAAAAACACAUGGAAAAAGCUCUUUCCAACACCAAGGAAGAAGAAGCAUUACUUGAUAAAUAUCUAUCUGUUAGCAAUCCAGAACUUGUUGAUGUUGUUCUGAUAGAGCAAUUAUUGAGGAAGAUUUGUAUUGACACGGAGGAUGGAGCUAUCCUUAUUUUCCUUCCUGGAUGGGAUGAUAUAAAUAGAACGAGGGAGAGAAUACUUACUAGCUUGUAUUUUAAGGACUCUUCUAAGUUUUUAAUAAUAUCUCUUCAUUCGAUGAUCCCGUCUGUAGAGCAAAAGAAGGUCUUCAAGCGGCCUCCUCCUGGUUGCCGUAAAAUUAUUCUUUCAACUAACAUUGCUGAGACUGCUGUUACCAUUGAUGAUGUAGUUUACGUUAUAGACAGUGGGCGGAUGAAAGAGAAAAGUUAUGACCCCUACAGUAAUGUAUCAACUCUUCAGUCUUCUUGGACUUCAAAAGCAAGUGCAAAGCAGCGAGAGGGACGUGCAGGACGUUGCCAGCCUGGAAUAUGCUAUCACCUUUAUUCAAAAUUUCGAGCUGUUUCAUUGCCCGAAUUUCAAGUACCUGAGAUCAGGAGGAUUCCCAUUGAGGAAAUCUGCUUGCAGGUGAAGCUACUUGAUCCAAAUUGUGAAGUGGAAGAUUUCCUGAGCAAAACACUGGACCCUCCUGUGUCUGAAACUAUACGUAAUGCAGUUUUUGUUCUUCAAGAAAUUGGUGCCUUAUCGCUGGAUGGCAAACUAACUGAGGUCGGAAAGAAGCUCGGUUGUCUACCAGUCCAUCCAUUAAUCGGCAAGAUGCUUUUCUUAGCCGUAUUAUUGAACUGCCUUGACCCGGCCUUAACAUUGGCUUGUGCAUCUGAAUAUAGAGAUCCAUUUACUCUUCCCAUGUUACCAGAUGAAAAAAAGAGAGCCGCAGCAGCUAAAUCUCAGCUGGCUUCAUUUUUCGGUGGGAAUAGUGACCAGUUAGCUGUAGUAGCAGCAUUUGAGUGCUGGAAGAAUGCCAAGGCAAGUGGCCUAGAAGGACGAUUUUGUUCUCAAUACUUUGUAUCCUCAGGCACCAUGAGUAUGCUGUCUCGAAUGCGUAGGCAACUUCAGACUGAACUGGUGCGGCAUGGUUUUAUUCCAAAUGAUGUAUCAAGUUUUAGCUCAAAUGCACACGAUCCAGGUAUACUUCACGCUGUCCUUGUUUGUGGGUUGUAUCCUAUGGUGGGAAGAUUGUGUCCACCUCACAAAGGCGGGCAAAGAUAUAUUGUAGAAACUCCUUCUGGUGAUAAAGUUCGGUUGCAUCCUCAUUCCAUCAACUUUAAAUUAUCAAGUAAGAAAUCCAAAGAUCGGCCUUUGAUUGUCUAUGAUGAAAUAACCCGUGGAGAUGGAGGUCUGUACAUAAGGAAUUGUAGCAUCGUUGGGCCACUCCCAUUAUUAAUGCAGGCAAAAGAGAUUGCCGUGGUUCCUGUUGAGGAUGCAGAUGAUAAAAGUGACUACAACGAUUCUGAUGAAGAUGAAAGCAAUGAGGAUAUAACCGAGUGGCAUGAGAAAUCAGAUGCAAAAUAUGCUGAGAAGAUUAUGUCUUCUCCUGAUAAUGCAGUUAAGGUUGUUGUUGACAGGUGGCUCUCCUAUGAGUUAACGGCCCUUGAUGUUGCUCAGAUCUACUGCCUUAGAGAGAGGCUGUCUGCAGCAGUACUCUUUAAAGUAACAUUUCCCGGCGAAGUUCUUCCCCAAUUUCUGAGUGCUUCUGUUAAUGCAAUAGCCUGUGCCCUAUCUUUUGAUGGGCUGCGAGGGAUCUCAGCACCAUUGGAACCUGUGGAUUCAUCAACACCAAUGGUUACUGAAGCUGGAGGGAGGAACCAUUUUCUUAGAUCGCUUUUGUCCGGUGGCGUGCACCAGAAGCAUCCUCCGUAUCAUCAGAACAGAACAGUGACUUGGAAUGGACAGACUAGACACGACCAUUCUCCUUCUGGUUCAAGGUACAAAGUUCCACAACGGAGGCCUGAAUUUGGUCCGGCUGUGUGGGCACCAAAGGGCAAUUCUUCUAAGCAGCAGCGUGGUAAUCAAUCUUGAUAAUUAGAGGAUUUAGUUAGGCCUAUUUGGCAAGAGAUAGAUAAUGAAUUUCAGUUGUGAGUAGUUGAGAUUUAGUCCUUGAUUCCCAAAGCAAAGGGGACGUGAUGAUAGCUCGGCUUCUAAAUUUUUAGAGCUGUAUAGAAAUCGCAGCGUUUCGUGACUUUGGUGUCACAGUCUAUGGUGGUUAUUUGAAACUAUUUGCUUUUAUCAUUGUACAGGGGCACUGGAGGCCAUCGAUAUAUCUGAUUUAAAAGGGAAAGCCUGCAGAUUUUACUCGUCUUUCUGAGUGUUUAUUACCUGUCCAAUGAAUUGAGAAAUCAUAAAUCUUUUAGAUCUUACCAUUAACAUUUGUUGUCAAAAUUACAAUAAUUAAAUUUUAUAAUGUGGGAUCCAUUGUUGUGAGCGCUUGGG